AUGGCAACUGAGACUGCCGCCGUGGCUGUCGCACAGACUGGAGAGACUCAGAAUACUGAGGUAGCACUGACUGCUACUCCUGACACUGAAGCCUACAAUACUGUGAUUGAGAUGCUGAAGAGUCGGGAACUGGAACUUAGUGUUACUCAGCUGGAACUGUUGGAAAGUGUGACUCGCCAGAUGCUGGAUCGCAACUCAGCACUGGAAAAGAAGUGCACUCGCCAACUGCUCAACCACACUGAGCUGUCUUGCACUACAGCGGAGCCACUGUAUCUGUGUCGUACUACUCGGCCCACUGCGACUACCAAGUGCAACUCCUUUGGACUUGGACUGUUGGUCGCACAGAAGACUGGCUAUGAAUCCACUGAUGAUGUGUGGAUUGGCGUACUCUCACCCAACUCGGUGUUCCCGGUUCUGAGUACUGCCCACUACGCCUACAGACACUACUUCUACCUCCAUUUCCUGAUGCCUGCGAAUCCGCCCAAUCCUCCUCGAAAUCCUGAGCAGGUUCGCCCAGAAAAGCACAUGCAUGCGGUGGACGAUGAUUGA